AUUUAACAAAUCAUUGAUACUAGUUUUAAAAAGCUCAUUUUUAUCUCUCUCUCUCUCUUACAAUACAAGCCUUCACUGUGGUUGAAUCGAAAGCUAUGUCUCAGACCGUUGUGCUCAGAGUGGCUAUGACAUGCGAGGGAUGUGUUGGAGCUGUGAAAAGAGUCCUUGGGAAAAUGGAAGGUGUGGAGUCGUUUGAUGUGGAUAUAAAGGAGCAGAAAGUGACGGUGAGAGGCAACGUGCAGCCGGACGCUGUUUUGCAGACGGUAUCCAAAACCGGAAAGAAAACAGCUUUCUGGGAAACCGAGGGUGAAACUGCCAAGGCCUAAGGAGAGAAGCAGAGCAUUUUCAUGUGUCUCUGUUUUGUUUUAAUAAAAUCUAUGUGGAGUCCUGUUGAGUGUUGAUCUCUGGAGCUACCCCUUUUCUGUUUUAGUCAUUGAGUUGUUGUCUUUUUUGUAACAUUUGUUUUUAUCAGACCUCCUAUACAUUACCUAUCACUGGUCGCGGUUUUGUUUAGCAACAAACAAGUUUGAGACAAUGUACCAAACGAUGAAAAUAUUUGAGAUUACCGUUAGUUGUUCUGUGUCAA